AUGGUCAACUUCAAAAUAUCUGCUGCAACUGCUGCGGCUAUCUUGGCCAGCGUUCAGCAGGUCUCCGCCCAUUGUCGUUUUUACAUGCCCUUUGGUGACUAUAAUCCCCAGAAGACUGGUGGAAUUAUCGGGCACUUUGACGAUAUCGCAAUCAAAGAUCAUGGGCAUCACCAACAUCCAGGACAAUGGGAUGUUGCGGUAUUCAGCGAUCCAGUCAUCCCGGCUACCUGGGAAAGUCCAUUCAAGCAUAUACCCCGUAAAUACACACCACAAGGAUGCGGCGCAAGCUUAGGUUCCCUCUUCGCCUACUACGUUGCCAAGAGGCCUACAGAAUUUAGUCCGGCAAAUCUUGAGGGGCAUCCGGAUAUGUGGAGGCAUCGGAACUAUCAUUUUUUCAUGGCUCCGACUCCUGCUGGGGGGUUCAAUCAAGUUAAAUACUGGGUUCAAAAUCUUGAAAUUAACCUAUGGAGUAUAGAGAAUGGCUCAGUCCACUCCUGGGGUUGGCUUAGCAUAAGAGUCCACCAAGUGAAUGAAGACGGCGCUGGACCAUUCAGAUGUCGAUUUGACCAGACAGGUACCGGCGAGCAUUUCGGCCCCUGGGCUCAUGUCCUCGAGCAACCGCCUGGUGAAAUCGCCCACCAAUCCCGACUUUAUGCGACAAAUAACAGGAUACAUUUCCUAAAGGUCGCUGUUCCAAAAGAUAUCAAGUGCGCAGGUCAAUACGGCACCACAAAGAAUAUCUGCCUGAUGAGAUGUGAAAAUUAUGCAGCAAACGGGCCGUUUGGAGGAUGUGCUGUCUUUCAAGUCGUCUAUCCCGAGCCGAAAAUUAAGCCGCCACCAAAACCAAAACCAGUUUAUGUGGAUAAAACAAAGCCUGAGCCAAAGCCUGAUUAUGGUGAUGCUGGCUACAAUGUUGGUGGUGGAAACUACAAAGAAGGUGGUGGCUAUGGCACUUAUAAAAAAGUUAAAAGAGAUAUUGAGGCGAAGAAGGCCAGGCGUGCUGCUAGCCAGACCGAUUCCGAUAUUGAUUCCGAGGAGGCCAGCUCCGGUUAA